AUGCGGGACUCUACGCCUAUCGUCGUCGACGCAUCGCUCGCAGACGACACGGGUAGCGAAACGAAGAGCAAAUGGACCCCCGAAUCACUUCUUCUUCGAGCAGAGCGCUCGCAUCGUCGGCUGCCGGGGAUCCGCAAGGUCCCUCUGCCAGCAAUUGCAAUCAUCCUGUUUGUUGCGUUCAUGAACGUUGUCGUGUGGAUUGCCGCUGCGAUUGUGUUGCACAGCUCACUAGUCUCGAAUGCGGUUCUGGCAUAUACAUUGGGCCUGCGCCAUGCGUUUGAUGCCGACCAUAUAUCGGCAAUUGAUUUGAUGACCCGGAGAUUACUAGCAACGGGCCAGCAGCCCGUCACCGUUGGGACGUUCUUCUCCCUCGGACACUCAACCAUUGUCAUCAUCACAUCCAUCGUCGUAGCGGCUACCGCUGCGGCGGUGUCGUCGCGCUUCGACAGCUUCAGCACCGUCGGCGGGAUCAUCGGGACGUCGGUCAGCGCCGCGUUCCUGAUCCUGCUGGGCCUGAUGAAUUUUUACAUUCUGUACAAGCUCUACAAGCAGAUGCAGAAGGUGCUCAAUCUUCCUGAAGGGCACGAGGAUGAGGCGUGGAAGGUUGAGGGCGGGGGUGUGCUGUUCAAUGUGCUCAAGCGCAUGUUCAAGCUGAUCAAUCGUCCUUGGAAGAUGUACCCCUUGGGUAUUCUCUUCGGCCUUGGUUUCGACACCUCCUCCGAGAUAGCCCUGCUUGGAAUCUCGUCCAUAGAGGCUGCUCGCGGGACGGACUUUUGGGUCAUUUUGAUCUUUCCUAUUCUUUUCACCGCUGGAAUGUGCCUCUUGGACACAACCGACGGAGCUCUGAUGCUUUCGCUCUACAUCCAACCCGCCGCCAACUUCCUCCCUCCCAAACGCGACAGCACCUCGUCCGAGACCCCCCUGAUCCUCGGCGAGGAUCAUGAGAUCGAACCGUCCCAGAACCACCGCGACCCCGUCGCCUUCCUGUAUUACUCCAUCGUGCUCACUCUCCUGACCGUCAUCGUUGCCAUCAUCAUCGGCAUCAUCCAGCUCCUCACCCUUGUGCUGAACGUCGCCAAACCCACCGGCAGAUUCUGGGACGGCGUACAGAUAGCAGGCGACUACUACGAUGUCAUUGGUGGAGCAAUCUGCGGAUGCUUUCUCAUCGUCGGUAUUCUCAGCGUGGUGCUCUACAAGCCCUGGCGGAGGUGGAUCGCGAAGCGGCAUGGGAAGAGCACCGGGGCGGAUGAAGAAGGCACGGGAUCUCGGGAUGAACUGCCUCCGGCAAAUGGCGAAAGAGCUGUUCUGAACGAGGGGAGCAAUGCCUCUACUUCUAUUGUCAGUUACGGGGCUGUAGGCAAGGGCGCAACUUCGCAGGUCGUGGCGCAGCCAUAG